CUUCCAGCCAGUCACCUACCAACCACAUUUGAAAACCAGGAAGAGUUUCAACUAGCUAGCUAGCAAAAGUAAGUAUGGAGUUAGAAUUGGGACCAAAGGUAGCACAAGAGGCUUUUGAAGGAGAGGGUGGAUCUUACUAUACCUGGUUGAGUACUGAAUUCCCCAUUCUUCGCCAGGCCAAGCUUGGUGGUGGGAAGCUUGUUCUAAAGCCCCUUGGUCUAGCAUUACCCCACUAUGCUGAUUCCUCAAAGAUUGGCUAUGUAAUUCAAGGAAAGGGGAGAGUUGGGAUUGUAAUGCCAAAUGCUUCCGAAGAGAAGGUGGUGGAGAUUACAAAAGGAGACACCAUACCUGUACCAUUUGGUUCCGUCUCAUGGUGGUUCAAUGAUAAUGAGACUGAAUUUAUUGUUUUGUUCUUAGGUGACACUUCUAAGGCUCACAGUCCAGGAGAUUUCACUUAUUUCUUAUUAGCAGGACAAAAGGGUAUCUUUAAGGGCUUCUCCACUGAUUUUGUUAGUCGAGCUUGUGGUUUGGAUGAAGAGGAAGCAAAUAAGAUUGUGAAAAGCCAAACUGGUGUUCUAAUAAUCAAGCUUAAAGAAGGACAAGAAAUGCCCAAACCUUCUAAGUCUAAUAGGGAGGAGAUUAUCUUUAACAUAGAGACUGCAUCACCGGACGUCGACAUUAAGAACGGCGGGCGUGGGAUCGUUCUAUCGAGGGCGAAAUUUCCUUUCUUGGGAGAAGUUGGUUUGAGUGCUAAGUAUGUAAGGCUCAAUGCUAAUGCAAUGUGUGCACCAGAAUACUCUACAGAUUCAGCAGUUCAAGUAUUCUCUAUUGUGAAAGGGAGUGGAAGAGUAGAGGUUGUUGGUAUUGAUAGUGAACGCGUUUUGGACACAACUGUUAAGGCUGGUGACUUGUUCGUGGUGCCAAGUUUCUUUGUGGUCUCUAAAAUUGCAGGAGAUGAAGGGAUGGAGUGUUUCUCCGUAAUUACCACAACACAGCCUAACUUUAGUUAUUUGGCUGGGAAGACAUCAGUGUGGACAGCUUUAUCUCCACAAGUUCUGCAAGCUUCUCUGAAUCUGACUCCAAAGGCAGUUGAAGUUUUCACUUCAAAGAUGAGCCAGAAGGGCAUUUUCAUUCCUGCACCAAGGUCGUAGCUUCAAUAUGAGAGAGAGAGAGAGAGAGAGAGAGAGAGCAAAUAAUGUGACCUGGGUCAUCCAAUUAGUUAUAGUACUGUCUUGGAAUCAAAUGCCACCUUCACUUGAGGUGGGUAGAAAGUUUUAAAUAUAAAUAAACUCACAUUGUAAUUCCCAUUCUGCCAUUGUGCAUCAAUAAAUUUCCCUCCAUUAUGAGGGUUUCUGGCUA